AUGAGAGAGCAUCGAGAGUUGAUUGAUGGCCACAUGUUUUCAUGGGAUACCCUUACGGUGAGGGUUGAGGCUUGUGAGCAGAGUCGGGGUAUAACUAAUGCAGUGACGGUCUUGAAGGAAAAUAUUGUGGGGCUGGGGAAUGAUGUGGAGGAGCUGAAGUCCAUUGACCUAUCGAUGCUGCUCGAUACGGUGAAGAUGCUCGAGAUCCCGCGUGAAGAUGUCCCUGCCAGUUCAGAGAUUCCUCUGACUACUUUGACCGUAGAUGUUGAUAGAGAGGAUGCAACUGUUGAGUCCGAGGCUGAGAUUGAUGAGGAGGAGUUGGGUGUACGUGAUGCAGCUAUGUACGAUGAUCUAGAGGACCUUGAGGGGUCCAUGGUUCAGACAGCGGUUGAGCCAUAA